AUGAGGAUACUAACCUACAACUUCAUCAUCUCGUCGGCCCAGGAGAUGCUUUCUAGGAGGGAAAGAACGUCUCGCGUCACUGCUUCUCGGCCAGACACUAGCUAUACGCGGAUUUCUUCUGCUCGCGACCUGCAAUCUUCUUUUUACUAUCGCUUCUGGUCCAUUCACUGCCUCUUCUCCCGCCCACACCUGAUCUAUCUGGCACUUUGA